UUGGCUGCUAGCUUGCUGUCAGUCAAACAUAGCGGGAAAAAUAAUUUUGUUUUGCCGUAGGGCAAAACUUAAAGAAUGCCUAAAAAUGGAGAACUUAGUGUAUCUUCCUGUAGAAAAGAUUCACUUAAAUGAUUUGUAUGACUGGUCCAUUCCUGUACAGAGAUGCAAAUCAACAAAAGUUGCACUUUCCCCGGUAGGGUCACCGGCCUCCUCCCCACGCAAGAGCGGAGUCAAAGUAGAUCUGGAGAAUGGAAAGGGAACUGGCUCUCUUGUAAAGACCAAUGAACAUGACAUUGCACUCUUUCGAUAUAAAACCACUGUGUUUGCAGUCAAAGAGGAAUGCCCGCAUGCAGGUGGACCUCUCCAUCUUGGAGAGAUAGAAGACCUAGGAGAUGAGCUUCUGUGUGUCCGCUGUCCCUGGCAUGGCUGGCGGAUCAGUCUGCACGAUGGACAUGUCACCCUGCCUAAGGGGCACAACUUUCAGUCCACAGUUGUCUACCCAGUCAAGAUCACGCAGGAAGGGCAAAUAUCAAUUGGCUUUCGAGGACUAGAUUCAAAAUAUUUCAAAGUUGAUGAGAUUUUGUUUGUAUUUAAGCAGUGUACUGAAAUCUUUUGGAGCCGGAGGACAAUUUGUCUGAUAUUUAUGCCGCCUACUCAGGACAAUGAUAAAUCACAAUGCAAAAGUAUUCAUAUAUAGGGACUUGAUACAGUGAAUAUUUCUCGUGUGAGAGGAUAAAGCAGUGAGGGUGGCAUGGUGUAUACAAAACCAGUUAGUAUCCAAUAUAUCCUUUGAUUUCACAUAACAUAAUAUUGCUUGUACAAUAUUGCACAAUUACAAGCUACAAUAACUUUAUAAUGCAAUUUUUGGUCAGUUAUGUUUAAAAACAUAUUACAGCAAGCAAUACACUUUUCAGAUUCAUACCAAACUCACACAUUGGUACAGCGGGCAUCAAAAUUAAUUAUUAUGCCCCCCUUCGAAGAAAAGGGGUACCGGUAUAUAUUGCUUUGCACAUGUCGGUCGGUUGGUAGGUCGGUCAGUUGGGCAUGACCAGUAGAUGACCCCGAUUGAUUAUAGGGGUCAAAGGUCAAGGUCACAGUGACCUUUAAUGGUAAAAUGAUUUUAAAGCUUGUCAAAGUGAUAACUCAAGAAUGCCUAGACCUAUGGUCAUCAAACUGCAUAUGGAGGCUGGGCCUGACCAGUAGAUGACCUCUAUUGAUUUGUGGGAUCAUCGGGUCAAAGGUCAAGGUCACAGUGACCUUGAAUGAUAAAAGGUUGUCCGAGUGAUAACUCGACAAUGCCUGAACCCAUGGCCCUCAAACUUGACAUGGAGGCUUAGCCUGACCAGUAGAUGACCCCUAUUCAUUUUAAGGUUCUUCGGGCCAAUGGUUAAGGUCAAAGUGACCUUUAAUGAUAGAAGGUUGUCUUAGUGAUAACUAGACAAUGCCUGCACCAAUGGCCCUCAAACUUGACUUAGAGGUUGGGCCGAGGACCCCUCUCGAUUUUGGGGGUCAUCAAGUCAAAAGUCAAGGUCACCGUGACCUUGAAGGCAAACUUAACAAUUCCUUGACCAAUGGUCAUCAAACUUGACAUGAAGGUUGGCCCUGACUAGUAGAUGACCCCUAUUGAUUUUGGGGGUCAUCUGGAUAAAGUUCAAGGUCAGAGUGACGUUUUAUGCGAAAAAGUAAACAAACCUCCCAGUGGUAUCUCAACAAUGCCUGAACAGUAGAUGACACCUUUUGAUAUUAGGAAUCAUAGGGUCAAAGGUCAUGGUCACAGUGACCUUAAAUGCGAAAAUGUUCUUAGAGUGAUAACUUGACAAUGCCUGCACCUUUGGCCCUCAAACAUGACUUGGGGGUUGGGCCUGACCUGUAGAUGACCCCUUUUAUUUAAGGGGUCAUCAAAGGUCAAGGUCACACUGACCUUGAACUCUGAAAGCUUUUCUGUGUGAUAAACUGACAAUGCCUGCACCCAUGACCCUCAAACUUGACAUUUAGGUUUUGGGUCACCAGUUGAUGACGCCUUUGGAUUUUGAGGUCAAAGGUCAUGGUCAUAACUCAUAUUCAUCAUUAAAAUUUUGUCAUAUUUACUUAUUUUCUGCUGCUAAGAGGAUCCAUUUUCAUCUGAAAAUAUCAGUCAUCAUCUGAACAGGAUAAAACAUUUUGAAUGGUCAUAAUCUUAUGACAAAUCAGCUAUCAUUUCAGCCCAUGCAUAUUUCAUUCAAUUGUCCAUAUAAUCCUGACAACAUGGCGCUCAGGGGGGGGGGGGGGCAUAAUGUUUAACAAACAUCCCUUGUUAUGCUUGAAAUAGCUAGCAGAGAUCUUGCUUGUUUGUGGGUUGGAUUCCUUAACAUAAUGCUUAUGAAAAUUAUUGAGUUUGAAAUACAUUUAGACCAGUCUAGGGCCUAUGUAACGAAAAGGUUCAAGUUUCAAGUUGGACACAAAUUAGAAUACAUGUAUGCAAAUCUUGACUUUUUAAUAAAGGAUUUACCAAAUUGGUUUAUUUUUAUUUUAUAUACAGGUGCAUAUUCAUUUUAACAUUUUAAAAUGGUCUUUGUUUUUCUUACAUCUGACUAUUUGUACAUUGUGUUUGUUGAAAUGGUUAGCUAUGAAACAGUUCUGUAAUGUGGACAUGUUGCAAUAUAUACUGUUUUACUUUUAUGGUACUAUUAACGAUUUUUAUCAGCUAUCUAUAGACGUUUAGUUUUAUGUUUUUAGUACGAAUAUAUAGGGCUUGUUUUAAACCAUAGUCAGUAUUGCUUUACUAAGUUUUGUUUAAAAUUAAUAUUCAGUGUAUUCACAUACAAAUUGUCAGUAAUUUGUUUAUUUACUGCAUAACUGUAACUGUAUUGUUAAGAAAAAUAAAAUUUCCCUAUUCGA